CCACUGCCGACAGAAGUGAUAUAAUAAUGCCAGGGAGAUCUCAUGUUUCUUCUAAAAACUGUCAAUUGACAACUAGAAACCCCAUCGCUCCAGCUCUGUACUCAAAUAUUAAAAAUGAAGGCCCUCGUCUACGGCGGUAAUAACUCUGUUACCCUCCAGGAUCGUCCUGUCCCCAAGAUCUCUUCACCAACAGAUGCGAUCAUCAAAGUCACCAAGACCACCAUCUGCGGAACCGAUCUGCACAUCCGAAAAGGCGAUGUCGCUACCUGUGAGCCAGGAAGAAUUCUAGGCCACGAAGGCGUUGGGAUCGUCCAUUCCGCAGGCCCAUCUGUCGCACGAUUCAAAGAGGGCGAUAGAGUCCUCAUCUCUUGCAUCUCAAGCUGCGCGACCUGUGAAUACUGCCGGAGGGGGAUGUAUAGCCAUUGUACCUCUGGUGGCUGGAUUCUCGGUAACACAAUCGAUGGAACUCAAGCUGAAUAUGUCCGCAUUCCCCAUGCCGACUCGAGUCUCCACCCUAUUCCCGAUGGGGCAGAUGAGGCGGCUUUGGUGAUGGUCAGCGACAUCUUCCCAACAGGUCUUGAAGUUGGUGUUCUCAGUGGCAAAGUCCAACCUGGAGGGACUGUCGUUGUUGUUGGCGCUGGACCGGUCGGCUUGGCUGCUAUUAUCACUGCCCAGUUAUACUCGCCUUCCAAGAUCAUAGCCAUUGAUACCGACAAUGCAAGACUGGACGUUGCCAAGAAACUCGGCGCCACUGAUUCAGUCGUCAGCGGCGAAGAUGCUGUGUCUCAGGUGAUGAAACUGACAGAUGGGAAAGGUUGCGAUACCGUCAUUGAGGCUGUUGGUAUUCCUGCUACUUUUGAGCUUUGUCAAAAGCUCAUCGCAGUUGGAGGCGUGUUGGCAAACGUUGGCGUUCACGGCACCAAAGUGGAUCUUCAUCUUCAGGACCUAUGGAUCAAGAACAUCUCGAUCACUACGCAGCUGGUGGAUACUGUUACUACCCCCAUGUUGCUCAAGCUAGUGCAAUCUGGCAAACUGCAGCCCUCGCAACUAAUUACUCAUCGUAAGUUCUCCGGCUGAAGUCCUAUAUAUCAAUACUGACGAGUUCCAACUUAGAUUUCAAGCUGAGCGAUGUGGAAAAUGCUUACAAGACAUUUGGCGAAGCAUCGAAGCAUAACGCUUUGAAAGUACUUAUCGAGGUGGAUUAAACAGAGAUUCUAAAAUACAUGAGACAUCCAUUCUAGAUUUUCAUUCCCUUUGAAUAAAACCAAUAUUGGCGGAACACUAAGCCCACUUGCCAACCAGAGCCAUGAUUCCAGCACCUAGGAAAAGGCAGAUGAUCAUAAAUCCUAGGCGAACCUUGUCAUUAGUCCUCUCACGAUUGAAGAGGAAAUCUCUAGCAAUCAUCUCCACAAAACCAGUAUAAAUAAGAAUUCCAGCAGAAAUAGAGUCAAAAACACCAUUGACCAGGUUUGCAGUGUACGAUGAGUUGUCAUACGUCUUUCGAAUACCGAGACCAAUGGCAAUGGCGAUAGGUGUUGUUAAACCGUAAGCGAGACAGAGAAGCCAUGGCAUACUGCGAAGUCGGUUUGGGAAGGGAAUGGCACUAAGUCUGGCUCCAAUACCGAGGCCUUCGAAGGACUGGUGGAAGACAAGGACUGGGAACAAGGUGUCGAAGUCGGAUGUAUCUGCGACACCCAGGUUCAGACCGAUGAAGACGCUGUGAAACAGAACACCGAAUUCGAGAAUGAGGAAGGCCGCGAUUUGUGUCUUGAAUGCAAGCUUGGUUUCUUCAGAAUCGCCAUCAAGGUGUUGAAGCUCCUUGAAGUCUGCAUAGCCACCACGAUGCUUCUCUGACGUAGCCGCCUCUGCAUCGUGCUGGCCAUUGAUCACCAGCCUAUUCGAGUUCGAACCGUCGUCAGAAUGAUGCUGAUGGCCAUCUGCCCCGGAAGUAGUAAUAGUAUCCUCAACCCCAGAAUCAUUAUGCUGAAGCCCAUAGCGAGAUUGAACAUAAUAAUCGGCAAGAAAGUCGAAUAGAAACGUGAACAUCGCUGCUGAGAGGGCAAUAGCAGGUGGCCAAGAGUAUGUAGACCAACCGCCAGUCAUGCCAACACAAGACGCUGGUCCGAUCUCUGAAUAGGCAGGAUCGAGUAGGUGAACAAAAGCAGUUGCGAUGAUGACACCGGAGCCGAAGUAUCGUGCAAAGAGGUAGACGUAGAGCGGGAUUCUCAGACGUGGGAUUCGUGUUGCGACGACGGGGAAGAAAGUGACUGCGGUGGAGACGACGAGAAUGACGAAUAUCGACCCGAUUCUGAUACCAAGUGGGCCAUCGUAUUGAUUUCCAGCGGUUGUCAGAAAGCAGGUGAUGAGACCUUGAUCAGUGAUAGACUGGAACUCAGUGAGGUUAACCCUCUCAGGGUCAAAGUUCGUAGGUCCUGACAUUGCGACUCAACAAGGUAUAAGAAAGUAAAGAUAAUCGAUUCAAGGAAGCUUAAUCAAUAAAUAACCGAUAUGCGAAAUGCUGCAUUCUGCCCAGAGGAAUCGAGGUUUAUAUGGCUUAUCCUGUCUCACAAUUAAACUUUUCAAAUGCGCAACCUCUCAAACAAAAGGGCUCUCGUAGCCGGCCGAUAUUGCCGGCCACUUGCCGUUUUGCCGUGUUUCUCGGAG